CCAAAAAAAAAAGGAAAAGUCAUGUUGGACACUGCUCAAAAUUGAACACUUGCUUCUCUCCUCUUCCAGGCUGCCAGACCUGCUGAGUAUUUGCAGCACUUUCUGUUUUUAAUCACAGAUUUAAACCUCUUCUCUCACCACCACCAGCCCCCCCCACCCCAAUCCUGGCAUCUAAAUAUCCACAAACUAUUGAAGAGGUUGUCUUAUGAGGAAAGGUUGAGCCUAUAUGCUCAUUGGGAUUUAGAGGAACGAGAGGAUGUAUGAUGGGAACUAAGCAUGGCUGAGGAGAAGAAAUUGAAGAUCAGCAACACGCUGCUUCCCACCGAGUCAAUGAAAGUGAUCGCUGAAUCCAUAGGAAUCUCCCAGCUUUCUGAGGAAACAUGCCAAAGCUUGACUGAGGAAGUGAGCUACAGGAUCAAGGAGCUGGCACAGGAUGCUUUGAAGUACAUGCACCAUGGAAAGCGGAAGAAGCUGACGACAGUAGAUAUCGAUUGUGCCCUGAAGCUGAAAAAUGUUGAGCCGCUGUACGGGUUCCACGCUCAGGAGUUCAUUCCCUUCCGCUACGCCAGUGGAGGAGGGCGGGAGCUCCACUUCUACGAGGAGAAGGAGGUUGACCUCAGCGAUAUCAUCAACACUCCACUCCCUCGGGUACCGCUGGACGUCUGCCUCAAAGCCCACUGGCUCAGUAUUGAAGGAGUGCAGCCUGCAAUUCCAGAGAAUCCUCCUCCCGCCCCUAAAGAACAACAGAAGGUCGAGUCUACCGAGCCUCUGAAGGUCAUCAAACCAGGCCAAGAGGAAGAAGGUCAAGCAAAGGGCAAAGGUCAAGGUGCUGCAGCCACAGAUGGCAAAGGUAAAGAUAAAAAGAAGUCUCUGCUGGACGGGGGUGUACUGAAACUAAAACCGAGGACCACGCACGAGCUCUCCGUGGAGCAGCAGCUGUAUUACAAGGAGAUAACCGAGGCCUGUGUCGGAUCCUGUGAGGCCAAGAGAGCAGAGGCACUGCAGAGCAUAGCCACUGACCCAGGCUUGUACCAGAUGCUGCCCAGAUUCAGCACCUUCAUAUCUGAAGGGGUGCGUGUGAACGUGGUACAGAACAACCUGGCCCUGCUGAUCUACCUGAUGCGGAUGGUGAAAGCGUUGAUGGACAAUCCCACACUGUACCUGGAAAAAUACCUGCACGAGCUGAUCCCCGCGGUGGUGACGUGCAUUGUGAGCCGGCAGCUCUGCCUUCGCCCGGACGUGGACAAUCACUGGGCGCUGCGCGACUUUGCCGCCCGCCUCAUGGCGCAGAUCUGUAAGAACUUCAGCACCACCACCAACAACAUCCAGUCCCGCAUCACCAAAACCUUCACCAAGAGUUGGUUGGAUGACAAGACUCCCUGGACGACGAGGUACGGCUGCAUCGCAGGAUUGGCAGAAUUAGGCCACGAUGUGAUCAAGACUCUGAUAAUCCAGAGACUUCAGAUAGAAGGAGAACGUAUUCGAACGGUGCUAGAGGGACCUGUCGUCAGCAACAUCGACAAGAUUGGAGCAGAUCAUGUACAAAGUUUACUACUGAAACAUUGCGCACCAGUCGUGGCAAAGAUCCGUUCUCCUCCCGACAAUCAGGAGUCCUACAAGACAGACUAUGGGUACCUGGGCCCCAUGCUGUGUACCCACGUGGUGAAAGCCCGUGCCCAGGCGGCCAUGCAGGCCCAGCAGGUGAACAGGACCACACUAACCAUCACGCAGCCUCGCCCCACGUUAACAAUAUCGCAGUCUCCGCAGACGUCGCGGGCACCCAGCAUCAUCAAAGUGCCCAGCUCCAUCACGCUGCCCAUGCAGACUCUGGUCUCCGCCCGCCCGUCAACCCCAACCCAGCCCUCGCCACCUGCGACCAAAUUCAUCAUGAUGUCUUCAGCGUCCAGCUCAUCCAGCUCGCAGCAGCCCAGGCCGACUCUGACGAUAUCCCAAAGCCCACAGUCGUCACAACCCUCGACCAGCCCCAGCAUCUUCAAGGUGCCCAGCUCCAUCACGCUGCCAAUGCAAACACUGCUCACGCGCCCGUCUACCCCGACCCAGUCCUCCCCGUCGCCAACCAACUAUAUCGUGAUGUCCUCGAGCUCCGGCUCGUCCAGCACGCAGCAGGUGAUAACGCUGAGGACGACUCCUUGCGGGACAGGCAGUACGUCGCCCGUCACCACUACAGUGGCCAGCAUUCAACCGAUCGUCAAACUGGUCUCCACCUCUCAGACCGCGCCCAGCAGCACGGUGACCGGGAGCACCCAGAAGUACAUUGUGGUGUCCCUUCCCUCGGCCUCCGAAAGCAAAGCCCAGUCCAGUAACAACUCCUUGCAGCAGCACUCGCCGAAAUGAGACCCGUCGUUGACUCUCUUCUCCCUCUCGCUCGCCACUCCCUCCUCUCCCCCAGGACCCCCCCCCUCUCCCCUGCUAGGCGGGGAGGAGGGGGGAAGCAGCAAACUCGGCGGGUGCAGCGAACGAGCCGCAGGGGUUGCUCAUGGGCCUGGCACGAGCUGAGCCGAGCCUGGAGGCGGAAGAGCAGAGCAAGCCUCAACGUGCCUGGCUGACCGACCUGCAGCCGCUUACUCUUCUGGCGAGAGACGGAGGGUGGGAGCGAAGUUUUCUGUUCUCCCCCCCCUCCCCCCCGGCAGAGGGAUGAUUGCCUCUGCGUCUCAAGCAGCCUGGAAAUAGAAUGACUGAAGUGCCACCAGCUGCCCGGUGGUUUCCGUGGGCCGCGGCUUGCUGGCAGUGCCACCUGCCAAAAGGGACGCAAACCUGUGUAAAUACUGGCACCGUGGGCUACUGUCACUAGGGCCUCUUGGGCAGAAAUUCCCACCACUCGAAUCACCACCGUGAAGUUUACACAAUUUUUUUUUUAGAAUAAAGCUCAUUUGAUUAA